UGAUGACGGCCGGCAGUGAGGCUAGGCCGGAGGCUGGAAGCUACGCAGAGAUGGGGGCAGCGGCCGCGGAGGCCGACCGCACUCUGUUCGUGGGCAACCUGGAGACGAAGGUGACGGAGGAGCGCCUCUUCGAGCUUUUCCACCAGGCUGGGCCAGUAAUAAAGGUGAAAAUCCCCAAAGAUAAAGAUGGCAAACUGAAACAGUUUGCAUUUGUGAAUUUCAAGCACGAAGUGUUUGUUCCAUAUGCCAUGAAUCUUCUCAAUGGAAUCAAACUUUUCGGGAGACCUAUCAAAAUUCAGUUUAGAUCAGGAAGUAGUCACGCCUCUCAGGAUGCCAGUGUGUCAUAUCCCCAGCAUCAUGUGGGGAAUUUAAGCCCUACCUCCCCAUCUCCUAACAGCUAUGAAAGGGCGGUGGGUAACAUGACUCCAUCAGCACAGAUGGUCCAGCGGUUCUUCUCUUCUCCAGAAGAUUAUCAGCGGCAAGCAGUGAUGAACAAUGUUUUCAGACAGACGUCAUAUGGUGGGAAAUUUGGUUCUCCGCAUGCAGAUCAGUCGGGAUUUUCUCCAUCAGUUCAAUCACACGGUCAUACCUUUAACCAGUCUUCCAGCUCCCAGUGGCGCCAAGAUGCAUUGUCAUUACAGCGUAAAAGACAGAAUUCUCAUCCCUACCUAGCAGAUAGACACUAUAGCCGUGAGCAGCGGUACUCUGAUCAUGAGUCUGACUAUCAUUACAGAGGAGGCCAGAGGAUUCUAAUAUGAUGACAGGAACCAUGAUGGCUGGAGCCAUGACUAUGAUAACAGAAGGGACAGUAGUAGAGGUGGGAAAUGGCCUUUGUUUCGACAUUAACAAGCAUUCCAAGGACAUUGUUUACAGGGCCAUUUUAGGCCCUUUUAAUGAAGUUGUUCUGGAAAUAUUUCUAAAAACUAUACAGAGUAGCCCCACAGUUUUCCACCUAUCUUU